GUCAAUGAAGUCAACUGUCAAAAUCAAAAAUUCAUAAAUUAAAAUCAAAAUAUCGAUGGGAAAUUCGCAGCUGGUCGUGUUUGUAAAUUAUUCCGAACUUGUUAAUUUGCAAUCUAAUAUUUACAUAGUUUUCUGAGUAAAACGGCAUGGCGCUCGCGUUUAACCAACGCAGAAUUUGAACCAUUUUAAUCGGCUAGUAAGUCAUUCAGAACGGAUUCAUGAGGAUAGCUGAUUGUUUUGAAAAAAUGGAUGUAACUGGAUCAAUUAACAAUGAAGAUUUGAUAGAGGCUGUUGAGAAUGAAGAGGACGUGGACUACUCGGAGGAGAGGGAGUUAGUGGAGGACUCGUGCUCCACUAAAGUCCUGGACACGUGCGAGGAACCGCGAGAUAGAUAUUGCAUUGUGUACAUUUUGUUUUAUUUGUUUGGGAUUUCUUCUCUCGUGCCUUGGAACUUCUUGAUCACUGCUAAUGACUAUUGGAUGUACAAAUUCCGCGAUGUUGAGCCCAAGAACCUCACGAUGUAUGUGCGGAAGACUCAGUUCCAAGCAGAGUUCACAUCCUAUCUCAAUGUGGCGACUGCUAUACCCAACUUGAUAUUUCUCAUAUUGAAUUCAUUGUAUGGACAUUGGGUAUCUAUGAGAAGCAGACUUCAAGGAGCCCUGAUAAUAGUGACACUGUCGCUUCUAGUGACCACGUCAUUCGUACAGGUGGACACAGACCAGUGGCAGAACACGUUCUUCAUCAUCACUAUAGUGACUGUAGUCAUUAUGACAGCUGCCAGCGCAGUCUUCAUCGGCUGCCUAGUGGGUAUAGCGAGCAAAUUCUCCAAAGAAUAUAUGGCGGCCGUAGUAAGCGGACAAUCCUUAGGCGGCAUCAUAGCGGCCAUCGCCCAGAUCAUUUCCUUAGCCUUCAAAAUAUCCCCGUUACAUAGCGCGCUUAUAUACUUCUGUAUAGCGGACAUCAUGGUCGUACUGUCCCUUAUAUCCUACGUUUUGCUAUACAAAAUAGAUUUCUUUACAUACCACAUUUUGAGGGGAUCUGGUGGUAUGGCGACCAAUAGGCACAGGGAAGCGUCUAUGCUGGGUAUACUGAGGAAGAUCUGGGUGUAUGCGUUCAGUAUAUUUGCGGUGUUCGGGAUUUCUAUGGCGGUGUAUCCAGCUGUGACUGUGUUGGUGGAGUCGCAUCCGGUUACUGCUGGGACUGAUUGGAACAAUAUUUUCUUCGUGCCGGUGGUGAACUAUCUAAUAUUCAAUUGCGGAGACUAUUCUGGACGUCUAGUCGCCGGAUUUUUACUGCGGCCCAAUAACCAGUGGGUGAUAGCUGGGGCCAGUAUACUGAGGAUCAUCGGAGUGCCGAUGCUGAUGCUCUGCAACGCUCAGCCGCGCAAGCACCUGCCCGUGGUGUUCCUGUGGGACUACGAGUACAUCCUCAUCAUGAUCGUGUUCGCCUUCACCAACGGCUACCUCACCAACAUCGUCAUGAUCAACUCUACCAGGGUGGUAGAAAUGCACGAACGAGAGAAAGCGUCCUCGGUUGUAGCCACCAUGCUAAGCGUCGGCCUGACCGUAGGCGCGGCCGUAGGUAUGCUACUAGUGAGAUUACUAUAAAACAAAUUAUUAUUAAUUAGCCAAUUAGCUUACAUUUUCGUUUAUAGCAUUUUUGACUGUAAAAAUAGUUUUUUAAUGACUUGACACUGAGUUUAUUUCAGAAAGAUGAAAAUUUAUUAUUUUGGAAUAUAGAUUUUUUUAAUUUUUGUGUUCGUUGCGUUUUAUGAUGAGAUACAUAAUAAAGACGUGUGAAGUUAAAUGAUUUAUCUAGGAGUGAUUUUUCGAUUGCGAAAUAAACUUUUACUGGUCAGUAAAUUUGACAUUUUGAUAGAUUUCCAUAAGAUUUUUAAUACAAAAACCGACAAAAAGUCAAACUUAUUUAUCAGUUAAAUAUUAUUUGGCAAUCAAAAGUAGGUCCUAAAAGGAAUCGCAUAAAGCUACAUAAUGUAUUAAAUUUUUUUUUAUAAGAAAACAUCAGAAUUAUCAACCUGCCUUUUUUAAUUCUCAUUAACAUUUUACUGUAAUUCUUGAGAACUUAAAUGCUACAAAAUAUUGUGAACAUAUUUUUAUAUUUUGAAAAAUUAAGGUGCUUAGUACCUGAAAAAUCAUGACUAUUGUAUUUUAUUAUCUAGGGACGUAAUAUUUAUGUGUCUUUAUAUAAAAAUAACAUUAAUAACCUUAAAAUAUAAUAUCAUGUGUACAUCAGUAAGUCAAAGAUAAAUAUCAAGAAUUAUAUUAUUAAUGCUAGUAAAUAUAUUAUUAAUUAUGGUAACCUUUUUAUGCCUAUGUUUUGCUAAAUGCUAUGAUUUCACAUAUUAGACAAAACGUAUUACGAAACGUUAUUAUACAUGAUUAAUUUAUACAGUAAACAUGAGUACUAACCGAUCACGCCUAUUUAGAAUAGAAUUAAUUAUUCUUUACUUUAUUUGUAAGUAUAGCGAUUUUUUUUUUAAUUUUUAUGCUUUAUUUGUAGAAAAUAAGCAGCGAUUGUGAUAUUCAAAACGAUAUUUUUUUCGUUUGACUAAUAUUUAUGUCUUAUUAAGUGUUCAAUAUAAACAUACCUUCAUUUUUUUAAUUUUAUAAAUAAUAUCAUAGGUGCCUUUUUUAUAAAAACAUUUUUGUAACGCAAUUUUGACAUAUUAGACAAUUUUAUACAUUCAUUUUAAAAUGUAUAAAUGCAAUUUUUACUUUUUUUUAAUAUGAUUUUUAAAUAUUAUUUUGCAUUGAGUCUGUUACAAGUCAUUUCAUACAUUUGUAACAUUUAUAUUUUUUUUUUAAUAAUUUAGUUAUUUAGUUGUAUUGUAACGUUUCAUAGCGUAGACAUGUUAUAUAACUAUGUUACAGUUCUAUUUCCUGUAAAUUUAACAGCGUUUUUUUGAAAUAUUUACAUGCAAUUGUAAUUUUAUCUUCGUUUUAUUACGUUAAUGUACUGUAGAAGUAUCCUAAUGAAAUAAAUGUGGUCAUUCCAUUCCGUCUUAGAGUAGUAUUGAUGUAACAUUGUAUCUCAAAGAUAUACUUAUUAAUUAAUACCUGUGUACAAUAUUGUAAUCGUCGUAGAUCUCAUAUUAUUAUAUAAGUAGAAUUUAGAAUAUAGGUCAAUUUUAAAACGAUUGCACCUAAAACUAUGUGGGACUUUAUGAUUUAAAUAAAGUUAUUAUUACUAGGUGCUUUGAUUUAAAUAAUAUUAUUAUUAAGUACUUUUACCAAACUGAAACGUCCUGUCAAAAUAGUGUUUCGUCAUGCAAUAUUUUUGGAACAUUUAAAAAUGUCUUAUUUUAAGUGCAGUCGUUUUGUAUAGAUAGAUAACAAUUAUAGAAAACCAAGAAUAAAAUAUAUAUUAGCUUUUAUAUUAAUAAAUUUAAAAAGUUUUUUAUGGAGUUGAUUUUGUGGGUGGUGCCUAUACCAAGGUACCUACCUAUUUACCAAAUGGUACCCAUAUGUUACCAUAAUAUGUUUAUUACUUAACCAUCAGUUUUAUUGUAGUGAAAAUGUUAUUAACUUUAUUACAAUUAAAAUAUUCAAAAAGUUUUUGUAUAGAUCUUAAAUUAAUUUUGAUAAGUAGGUAUAUGUUUAAGUUUUAUUUUUAACAAAAUCUUGCCCAAAUAUUGCAAAGAAAUAAUGACAUUCGUGUUUUAUAUAAUAUUUGACAUUUAUGUAUUAUUGUAAUCACAUUGUCCUAAAUGAUUAUUAUUAUUGUGUCAAUAAAAAUAUGUUAUUAAUA